AUGCAGAAUUCGGAGAGCGGAUCGGAGUCGCCGGCGUCCGUGGCCCUGCGUCCGUCAGCGGCAGCCCAGCCUGUGCCAGCCUCCCCGCAGAGGGUAUUGGUCCAGGCCGCCAGCUCCGCCCCCAAAGGGGCCCAGAUGCAGCCCAUCUCUCUCCCCAGAGUGCAGCAGGUGCCGUUGCAGGUGCAGCCCGUGCAGCACGUGUACCCCGCGCAGGCGCAGUACGUGGAGGGGGGAGACGCCGUCUACACCAAUGGAGCCAUACGCACAGCCUACGCCUACAACCCCGAGCCGCAGAUGUACGCCCCCAGCAGCGCUGCUUCCUACUUCGAGGCCCCGGGAGGUGCGCAGGUGACGGUGGCAGCCUCGUCCCCGCCCGCGGUGCCCUCCCACAGCAUGGUGGGCAUCACCAUGGAUGUCGGGGGCAGCCCCAUCGUGUCCAGCGCGGGAGCCUAUCUCAUCCACGGGGGCAUGGACGGCGCACGACACUCCCUGGCCCACACCUCCCGGUCAUCGCCAGCCACGCUUGAAAUGGCGAUUGAAAACCUCCAAAAAAGCGAAGGAAUCACAUCACACAAAAGCGGUUUACUCAACAGCCAUCUGCAGUGGCUGUUGGACAAUUACGAGACGGCGGAAGGCGUGAGCCUGCCCAGGAGCUCUCUCUACAACCACUACCUUCGCCACUGCCAAGAGCACAAGCUGGACCCCGUGAACGCCGCUUCCUUUGGGAAGCUGAUCCGCUCCGUGUUUAUGGGGCUGAGGACGCGGCGGCUGGGCACCAGGGGCAACUCGAAGUAUCAUUACUACGGGAUCCGCCUGAAGCCAGACUCCCCGCUGAACCGGCUGCAGGAGGACACGCAGUACAUGGCCAUGCGGCAGCAGCCCGUGCACCAGAAGCCCAGGUACCGGCCAGCGCAGAAGACGGACAGCCUCGGCGACAGCGGCUCCCACGGCGGCCUGCACAGCACGCCCGAGCAGGCCAUGGCGGCGCAGAGCCAGCACCACCAGCAGUACAUAGACGUCUCCCACGUCUUCCCAGAGUUCCCGGCACCCGACCUGGGCAGCGUCCUGCUGCAGGACAGCGUCACCCUGCAUGACGUCAAGGCCCUGCAGCUCGCGUACAGACGGCACUGUGAGGCGACUCUCGAUGUCGUGAUGAACCUGCAGUUCCACUACAUCGAGAAGCUGUGGCUGUCCUUCUGGAACUCUAAGGCCUCCGCCAGCGACGGCCCCGCCUCUCUGCCCGCCAGUGACGAGCAGCCCGAAGGCGCCGUCCUGCCCAAGGACAAGCUCAUCUCUCUGUGCAAACACGACCCCGUCCUCAAGUGGAUGCGGAGCUGCGACCACAUCCUGUACCAGGCCCUGGUGGAGAUUCUCAUCCCCGACGUGCUCAGGCCGGUCCCCAGUACCCUGACGCAGGCCAUCCGGAAUUUUGCCAAGAGCUUGGAAGGCUGGUUGACAAACGCCAUGAGCGACUUCCCGCAGCAUGUCGUCCAGACCAAGGUCGGUGUGGUCGGCGCCUUUGCGCAGACCCUGCGGCGCUACACGUCCCUCAAUCACCUGGCACAGGCGGCGCGGGCGGUGCUUCAGAACACAUCCCAGAUCAACCAGAUGCUCAGUGACCUCAACCGCGUGGACUUCGCCAACGUGCAGGAGCAGGCCUCGUGGGUGUGCCAGUGCGAGGAGAGCGUGGUGCAGCGGCUGGAGCAGGACUUCAAGCUGACCCUGCAGCAGCAGAGCUCCCUGGACCAGUGGGCCAGCUGGCUGGACGGCGUGGUCACCCAGGUCCUGAAGCAGCACGCGGGCAGCCCCAGCUUCCCCAAGGCCGCCCGGCAGUUCCUGCUGAAAUGGUCCUUUUACAGCUCCAUGGUGAUCCGGGACCUGACCCUGCGCAGCGCCGCCAGCUUCGGCUCCUUCCACCUCAUCCGCCUGCUCUACGACGAGUACAUGUUCUACCUGGUCGAGCACCGCGUGGCCGAGGCCACCGGAGAGACGCCGAUCGCCGUGAUGGGCGAGUUCAACGAUCUCGCCUCCCUGUCACUGACGCUGCUCGAUAAAGACGACAUCGGCGAUGAGCAGCGUGGCGGCGAGACCGACCCGGGCGAGCCCCUGGUGAAGCGGGAGCGCAGUGACCCGAACCACUCCCUGCAGGGCAUCUAG